AUGCGCGCGCGAGGCUUCGCCGGGAUCGUCUCCUCCGAGUCCGCGGCCGUGAUGGCCGUGAUGCGUCAGAACGCGAAGUUUUCGAUCGCGACCGGGUACGGAUACGACGACGCGGACGCGCCGGACGACCCUCUGCUCGAGGAGUUCAAAGCCAUGCGGCGCAAGCUGUUCACGUGGAAGGACUGGAACGUCAUCCCGCCGAUCGAGUACCUCGCGCCGUUCCUCAGGACGAUUCGAAGCGUGGAGACGUCCGGGCCGAUCACCGGCGUCGCGCUCGGCGCGGUCUUAAAAGUCCUGAAGCACGGUCUCAUCGACGUCGCCAACGCGCACGCCGCGGACGCGAUGCAUGCGGUCGCGGACGCGGUGACGCUCUGCCGCUUCGAAGCCACGGACGCGGACCACGACGACGUGGUGUUAUCCAAGAUCCUCCACGUCCUCCUCGAGUGCGUGACGUGCCCGGCCGGGCGGCUUCUGAGCGACGACGACGUCUGCAACGUCGUGCAGGCGUGCUACCGCAUAGGGCACCAGUCCGGGAAGGAGUCCGCGCUGAUGCGGAACUUGUCCAGGCACAUCCUUCGCGAGAUCGUGCACGCCGUGUUUAAAGGGCUGCCGGAGAUGGACGGCCUGCGCGCGAGCGACGCGAGCGAGGACGGCGCGGGGACGACGCCGGGGCGAGCGCAUCACAUCGAAGGGAAACCUCCGCCGUCGCCGUCGAAACAGCCGGCGGCGGCGGCGGCGCUCGCGGAGGGGCAACCUCCCGCGCCCGCGCCGCCGACGGAGCAAGGCCCCGGCGCGGCGACGGACGCCGCGCCGCGGUCGCCCACACACGCCGGAGGGCACGCGGCGGAUACCGAGCGCGAGCGCGCCGACCUCGGCGGGCACGACGCGGAGCUCGACGGAGGGCCCGCCGGGGAGCCGUUCGGUCUGAUGUGCGUCUUGGAGAUCUUCCGCUUCAGCGUCUCGUUCGUCUCGCUCGAGCGCGACGCGGACGAGAACGCCGAGGGCGCGUGCGCGUUCGGGCUGCAGCUCGUCCUCGCGUCGCUCGAGUCGUCGGGGGAUCACUUCGCGAGGCACGCGCCGCUGUUGGAGCUCGUGCAGGACGACCUGUGCCGCGCGGUGCUCUCCGUCGCGCCCGCGGGGCAUCCGUCGACGCUCGCCGCCGUCGCCGCGGUGAUCCUCCAGCUGUACCUCGUGAUGCACUCGCACCUCAAGCUUCAGCUCGAGGCGUUUCUGCGCAUGGUGUUGCUCCCGCUGGGCGAGGGCGCGGGCGGCGUCCCGAUGGAGUCGCAGAGGAUCGCGCUCGAGUGCCUCGUGGACCUGUGCCGGCAACCGAAUUUCGUGCCCGACGUCUACCUAAACUUCGACUGCGACAUGGAGCGCGCGAACGUGUUCGAGGAGCUCACGACCAUCUUGUCUCGCAACGCGUUCCCGCCGCAGGGCGGGGUCCUGAACCCGACGCAUCUGCUCGCGCUGGAGGGGCUCCUCGCCGUCGUCGGCGGCAUCGCGGAACGCAGCGUCACCGCGCCGCCGGUGCGCGAGUGCGCGUCGACGCCGUCGUCGGAUCUCGCGGGGGGUCCCAACGCGACGUACGCGGACAUCUGGAGCGAGAUGGGCUCGGGGAAGGCGAGGCCCGUCGCGGACGCGGGGUUGAAACGCGCGACGGCGUUGCGACGCGCGCGGCAUCUGAAGCGACGGCUGUUGACGUGCGCGGAGCACUUCAAUCGGUCGAUGAAGAAGGGUCUCGCGUACACGCAGGAGAUCAAGCUUCUUCCGGACCCGCUCGAGCCGACCGCGGUCGCGCGGUUCCUGAGGUACACCCCGGGGCUGGACAAAGAGGUCGUCGGCGAGUACCUCGGCGAUCACAAGGACUUCAACGUGUCGGUGUUGAAACAGUACGCGGACAUAUUCAACUUCAAAGGCGUGACCCUGGACAAGGCGUUGCGGUCGUUUCUGGACGGAUUCAAGCUCCCCGGCGAGGCGCAGAAAAUCUCGAGGAUACUCGAGGUGUUCGCCGCGCGCUACUACGGCGCGAACCCGGACGCGGUCGCGGACGCGGACAGCGCGUACGUCCUGUCGUAUUCGAUCAUCAUGUUAAACACGGAUCAGCACAACCCGCAGGUGAAGCGGAAGAUGACGCUGGAGCAGUUCGUCCGCAACAACCGCGGCACCAACGGCGGCGAGGACUGGCCGAGAGAGACGCUCGAGUCCAUAUUCGACGGGAUCGUCGAGGACGAGAUCAAACUCACAGACGAGUCCGCGCCGACGUUGACGCCGUCGCGGUGGGUGGACAUGAUGCGCGCGUGCGGAGACGGCAAAGGGAGGAUGCUGCAAAUCCCCGAGGCGGACGAGGCGGUGCUCUACGACGCGGACCUCUUCGCCAUCGUGUGGUCCCCCACCGUCGCCGCGACGUCGAUCGUGUUCGACCACGCGGUGGACGAGAGCGUCUUGAAGGAAGCCCUGGACGGGUUCUUAGGGAUCGCGCGCGUCGCGGGGCACCACAAACUGUGCGACGUGAUGGACCACCUCGUGUCGACGCUGUGUAAGUUCGCGGCGCCGCCAGCGUCCGUGCGAUUCGGCGAGGACGAUAAAGCGCGAACCGCGGCGGUGACCGCGUUCACGGUCGCGAACCGGUACGGCGACUCCCUCCGCGGGGGGUGGCGUCACUUGCUCGACCUCGUCGUGCGCCUGCAAAAGCUCGGUUUGCUCUCGGAAAAAGUCCGAACCGGUCUCGGCGUGGACGAGCGAGACGGCGGGACGAUGCGCGCGUUCGACGGCGGCAAAGCGUCGACGUCGAAACCGGACGCGAAGCUCGCGAAGAAGUCGUCCGCCUCGAGCAGUUUCUUCCGGUUCUUGAGCCUGGACGCGGACUACUACGGCGGCGCCGCCGCAGAGGCGCCGCUCACGGAGGCGGAAAAAGCCGCGGAGGAGCGCGCGAUUCGAUGCGUCGACGCGUGCCGCGUCGACGAAGUCUUCGCGGACAACUCGAAGUUUUUGGAACCAGAGGCGUUGCUUCACCUCGUCCGCGCGCUGACCGGCGCGGCGGCGUCGCCCGCCGGCGGCGGCGCCGGCGCCGGGCUCGUCGUCGCCGGCCCCGAGGACGAGGACGUCGCGCUCUUCUGCCUCGACGUCCUCGUCGGCGUGACGCUGCGCAACAAAGACCGCGCGAAGGCGCUCCUGCCGCACGUGUACGGGUACCUGCGGAUCGUCGUGCAGAGCGCGAAGGCGCCGUCGCCGCUCGUCGAGCGCGCGAUUUUCGAGCUCGUGCGCGUCUGCCGCCGGCUCCUCCCCGUCUCGGACGAUUUAAAUCUCUCGGACGAGCUCCUGGACUCGCUGCGGUUGAUGUUCGCGCUCGAGCCCGCGGUCGCGGACGCGUUCAUCGAACGCAUCGCGCGCGAGCUCUGCGUCCUCGUCUCCGUCGCGGCGGAUAAGGUGAGGACGCAGAAAGGGUGGGACACGAUUUGUAAACUCCUGAUGGCGUCGGCGCGGCACCCCGACGCCGCCGCGCACGGGUUCAGCGCGCUGUCUCGGAUCAUGGGCGCGGCGAGCCGCGUCCGCCCGUGGAACGUCAAGUCGUUCGUCGAAGCCGCCGCCGCGUUCGUCGACGCGACGCAAGGCGGCGACGCGCGAUCGAUCGCGGCCAUCUCCUUGCUCUCCUCCGCGUGCGCGUCCAUGUGCGCGUGGUGCCAGGGCGACGACGCCGUCGAGACCGCGCUCGCGUUCGCGUCGCUGACGUCCCCGCAGGGCGCGUCGCCGCCGCCGCCGGAGCAGGCGCUUCGACGCGUCGGCGAGAGCGAAUCGCGCGCGGGCGUGCGCGACGACGCGCUUUUGACGCUGCAGAGGGUGUUACUCGCCGCGGAGGGGUUACACGCGCCGCCGACGCACUGGAUGAUGCUCAUCGACGGCGCGCUGCUUCCGAUGGCGGCCGCGCUCGGGGAGCGGUGCCGCGCGGCGGGCGCGGGGCGGACGCCCGCCGCGGCGGAGGCGCGCGUCGCGGCGGAGCGCACCGCGCGCAUCGGCGUGGGCGUCGUCGCGAAGACGUUUCUGCAGUACCUCGGAGGGAUGCUGUCCGCGGCGACGCCGACGCAGUUCGCGACGACGUGGCACGCGAUCUUGGACGCCAUGGAGAAGCUUCUGAAGCACGCGAAGAGCGAGGAGCUGCAGGAGGCGGUUCCGGAGGCGGUGAAGAACAUGCUUCUGGUGAUGUCCGCGAGCGGCGCGCUCGCGCCGGGGGCGCCGGAGGGGUUGUGGGAGAAUACGUGGAAGAGGGCGGCGGCGAUCGACGCGGGGUUGACGCCGUCAAUCGUCGGCGCGAAGGGAUGAAGGGACGAGCGGCGGCGGAGACGCGGACGCCGCGCCGGUCGGUUUGAAUACACGUAUAAAAAAACGCCAA